GGAUUCCCCAUGAAAGAUAUCAGUUUGUGUCCCCAAUUCUACUGAGUCAGGCAACUGAGUAACAUGAAAGUGACAAUUGCCUACGCUUUUGCGAGCAUCUUGCUCCUUGGCUUCGCCAAUAUCGCCAACGGUUCGGAUUGUGGUUGCCCCACGACCUCUCCCAAGCCCUGCCCAACAACGGCACCGACUUGUGCGCCAACUACAACCACAACAACAACAACUACUUGUGCGCCACCCACAACAACAACGACAACUACCACUUGUGCGCCACCCACAAGGCCACCUCCAUGCACUGAAGCCACCACAACCACUAAAAAGCCAACAGUAAAAACCACCACAACAACCAGGAAGACAACGGUGAAAGCCACCACAAGGAAACCCACCAAAACGACCAGAAAGACAACAGUAAAAGCCACCACAAGGAGGCCCACCAAAACAACCAGAAAGACAACAGUAAAAGCCACCACAAAGAAGCCCACCACAACAACUAAACGUACAACAACUAAACGUACAACAACUAAGCGUACAACACCAAAGACCACCAAAACAACUAAACGUACAACAGUAAAAGCCACCACUACUAAACGUACAACACCAAAGACCACCAAAACAACUAAACGUACAACAGUAAAAGCCACCACAACUAAACGAGCAACACCAAAGACCACCACAACUAAACGUACAACAACUAAACAUACAACAACUAAACCAAAGACCACAACCACAACUAAACGUCCAACACCAAAGACCACCACAAGAAAACCCACCAAUAAGCCAUGUGGCUGCAAGCCCUGCGGCCCUGGAGGUAAACCCUGCGAUGGAUGUCCUAAGAGGGAUGCACUGUGCCAGGAUCUUGUCGGCAUGACUCGCCAGCUCGAGCGCAGGAUCCGCCAGUGCGUCUGCGGUGAAAAGCAAUGGAUGUUGUAAAGCGACGAGGGAUCUUUCGAUCCACUCCCAUACUAAUCGAUGUGAUUUCACCCCUGCGAAAUGUAUUUGGUAGGGAAGACAGACCAGGAUUUUCUAUAAACCCACUAGCCACAGUUUUUGUUUCUGUCCUUAUUGUACUAAUUGUUUCUGUCAAUUCUCUUGACAUUAUAAAAUAAAUAAAGAUUUUAUUG